AUGUCCUCCAGAGAUGCGGUGAUCGAAGCACUCGAACGAAGGCUCAAGAUCCUGGAGGACAAGGACGCCUUGUGGACUCUCAUGAACCGUUACUGCUACACAUGUGACAACUAUAUGUUCCAGGAAUUCGCCAACUUUUUCACCGAAGACGCAACGCUGAACUUUGAAGAAUGGGGGGAACUCAAGGGAAGGGAAGCCAUUCUAAAAGCGACCGAGGUCGAAGGAGCUUUUCAAGGCCUGCAACAUAGCAUGACCAAUAUCGCAUUCCACGUGGAUGGCUCUGACGCUGCAUCGGCCACUGGGUACCUCAAUUUCUAUGCCACGCCAGACAGGUCGAAACCCGAGAUUCACUAUGGGUUUGGGGGUCCAUAUUCAUUUACAUACCGAAGGACUCAGGACGGCUGGAAGGUCACGAGUCAGAGGUUGAGAAAGCAUUGGGCACAGGGUGAAGACACCAAAGGGCUUUUCACUGCCAAAAAGUAA